AUGACGCGUACGAAUCGCUCAGAGGCGUUCCGAAUCCAUCACCAAGGAUUUGUGUAUUUCCCUUACAUGCCGCCUUCAGAGCAGUAUCCUGUGCUCGCCGUCACAAGGAAAUUCGGUCGGAAGCCGAGGAUCGAGCCUGAGGAUGUGGAUCUAACCCAGCGUGAAAUGACUGGGUUUGCUUCAGUUUACCCUCGACUUCACCAGGUCCCAAAGACGAUGCACGAGCGGUUAGCGAGAUGGUACCUGGCUAAUCGAAAAUUGGCGGAUUCUUGGCCUUUGGACGGCUUCUGGAACGCGGCCGAGGACGAUGCUCAUGACGAAGUCGUCGUCAGGGAGCCAGGAGUACCACCUGAGGUGAAAAAGAUGGCCGGGAUCGAGGAUAAGCCUAAGCCUGCCCCUGCUCCUAAGGAAAAGAAACAGAAACUCCCGAAGCCGCAGAGAGAAAAGCCGACCCAGUCUCGCCCUUCGACGAGCAAUACCAGCAAGGCCACACCUUUCCCGCCAAGUGUAGUAGUAAGGUGUCAAGAGCUGGAGCAGUGGUCCCAGCAAGAGUAUUUCACCGCCGAGCUCAAAGCAGCGGAACGGUCCUUCAGUUACAUCCGGGGCUGGGUGGAGGACGCACAGAAUGGCGGCCGAUCGCCUUCAAAGGUUCAACUCGAUGAACUACUGAGCUUCGCAUCAAGCGCUUUAACACGUGCAUCAGAGGCCGUCAAAAUAUCCUCAGCAGUGAUGGAUGACCUCGGGUCGGCUCCUGCGCCUCUUGUUCACCCUGCUUUUAUGGCAUGGCAACAGCAACAGCAACAUCAAGAGGAGCAGCAGCAGCAGACCAUGGGCACCAGCGUUGAGAACAGAAAGCGGCCCUUUGAAGUCACCGGCGACGAAGGCAUUCAGGCGGGACCUUCGGGAGUAGGUAAGAUCAGAAAACUCUCACCCUACAGGUCCACAGCGGAAGCAAGGUCGAGAGACCCACCGAUACAUCCGGGCUUUCUUCAACAAUUCGCGUCUCAACAGCCUGGGCCAGUUCCCACGAGUCACACCCAUAGCAGCUUCAUGGUGGCGCCAAUGCACGGCUCAGCUUCGGGAUAUUUGCCAAUGGGAGAUGACAACGACGGCCAGCACCAGGAAUCGGCAAGUGAAAGUGGCGGAGAGAGCGGUGACGAGGAGGAAGAUGAGGAGGACGACGAUGAGGAGCAAGAGGAUGACGAUGGCGGCGACGGCGAAGAUGAAGGCGAUAACAGCGACGACGAUGCGUCGGGCUAA